GAGCUUCCAGCGAUCGAGGAUCUUCUUCUGUCAUGAUGUCUCAGCACGGAGGCCUGGCCGGUCUGUUCGGAGACGACCCGUUCUUCGCCCCCUCGCGGCUGCUGUGGCCGCUGGACUACGAGUCGGUCUCCUCGCUGCAGCAGGACUUCUUCCAGCGCCGGGCCGGGCUGGCCGACAGCCUCCUGAGGGAGCUCCACGACGGGCCCCGGCUGCUCAAACUGGGCCCGCUGCCGCUCGCUUCCUCCCCGCUGGCGAGGCUGAGCGACGAUCCGGAGCAGCAAGCGUCGGGCUCCGACCUGCAGCCGGUGACCCACGGCAACAACUCCGACCUCCUGGUGACCCUGGACGCCCGCGGCUACGCCCCCGGAGACAUCACGGUCAAGCUGGAGGGCCGCAGACUGGCGGUGGCGGCCAUGAAGCAGGCCGGGGCGGAGGAGAGCCAGGCCUGCUCCUCCGCCUCCUCCCGCGCCGCCUUCCACUCCUCGGCGUCGGCCCAGACGGGCUUCGUGCAGAAGAUCGACCUCCCGGCUCACCUGGACCUGUCGGGCCUGUCCUGCUCCCUGAUGGACAACGGACAGCUGCGGAUCCACGCCCCGGCCGCCCGGCAGCCCGCCGCCGCUGACACCGCCACCGCCGCCGCCACCGCCACCGCCGCUGUCACCGCCACCGCCACCGCCGCCGAGGAGGAGCAGCCGGUUCCCGUCCGGUUCAGGACGUCGCUGGAGUUCCCCCUCAACAAGGACAACACAGAGGAAAAGCACACAGACUGAGCCGAGGCGUCUUCACGCUCCUCCACUUAACAGACUGUCUUCAGCCAGUGACGUUUACAGCAUGAGAGUAUUUAUUUUCUAUUUGUAUGAACUGUUCUAAUAAAAUGAAGUGAG